AUGUCGAAGUGUGAUGAUAUCGCCAUUAUUGGAGCGGGGAUUACCGGAAGUUAUUCUGCUUGGCGACUUCGUAAGAAGAAUCUAAAAAUAUCCCUGUAUGAGUACUCGAAUCGCAUCGGCGGACGUUGUUUCACGGUACAACUUCCGGGCAUACCGGAUGUGAAUGUUGAAAUGGGAGCAAUGAGAUUUAAACCAGAAGAACAUGAAUUAGUGAACCAGGUCGUCGACAAAUUAGGGCUAGAAGUUGUAGACUUUGAGCUUGGGGAAGGACCGAGUGAAGAUUCGUUAUACUAUCUAAGAGGAAAGCACAUGCAAUACAAUGAGCUGGCGACGCAUUCGCCUUACAAUCUUCCGCCAGAAUACCGAGUUCCUAUCAGUACACUUAAUUGGAAGGUGUCCAAUGACUUCACCGUUUCGUCUAAAAAUGGAGACGUCAUUAAAUCACUUGAUGGCGUGGACUUGUAUAAACAAAGCCGAGACUGGUAUUAUGCAAAGUAUCUGGACAAAGAAACUGAAAGUUUUGUCAAAGACAGUGAUAGUUGGGUCUCAGGACAUGGCCCAGAUGUUGCAGCGGUCGAAAGUAUUCCUGUUAGUGAUCCAAGCUUGUCUUCCCCGGGCCCAGAACCCGUGAAAACAAUCAAAGAAGGGUUCCAGGCUAUUCCUACAGGACUUGUUGAACAAUUUCUCGAGGCUAGUAAAAAGCACAAUUUUUACUAUAAUCACCAUCUUAGAAGCUUAAAGCGGCAUAAAAAUAGGAAUUAUGUACUGACGUUCAAGCCAACGACGACAACAGAUGGAAUAACAACUGACAUCAAGGUAACUAGAAGGCAUUAUGGUUGCCAUGGCAAUAAUUUAUCCUCCCUGUUAUGCACAAAUGGAGUCGUUACAACUUGCGCUAAGAAGGUGAUACUUGCAUUUCCCAGACUGGCAUUAGAACAUCUGGACUGGGAGGGAUUCCGACAGAAGACGGUUGAAGAUUACCUGAAAUAUGCAGUGAAGGAUGCACCCGCCAGCAAAAUCUUUUUUGGUUACGACAAACCUUGGUGGCGGGAUCUGCCCUUGGCCUCUAAAUUCGCUGUAUCGACGACCCCAUUAAAACAGUCUAUGGACUUCGACACCAGAGUAUGGCGGGAAGCACUGAGAUCUGGUGAAACUGUACAAGGAGUCGGUGACAACUCUAUUGCUAUGUCAAGUGACGGCGUGUAUCUGGCACGGAAAUAUUAUGCGGAAGUUUUCAACGUUUCCCUGGCCGACGUACCAGAGCCAGAUUCUGCUGUAAUGUCCAUCUGGGAUCAGUAUCCAAUCGGUGCUGCGUGGUACGCAUGGGCACCAGGUUACAAGUGGGAUAAAGUCCAAGCUCGCAUGCUGAAGCCGUCCACGGAAGAUGAGGUAUACAUUGCGUCAAAUGUGUUCUCAAGUGCUUCUUAUUGGAUACAGGGAGGAAUGGAAAAAGUGGAGGAAGUUCUAAAGUAUUUUGAAUAAAUACUUCCAACAUUCAAUAGUCACUGAAAACUUAUUGUUUUUUCUAAAAAUGAUAAUACACUUGUAGUAAAAAUAUAUAUAGUUGUUUCGUAGAAGUUGAUUUUAAAUAACCAUUUCUUUGAUUCUAAUAAUUUGUAGUGUUGUUUUGAAUGAAACACAAUAAAAGUAUAAUUUGCAGAUCAAAGAAAUGAGAUUUAACAAAUUGCUACGAGUUUCUCUACUUAAUUAAGAUAUUCCAAACUUUUAAAAAAGUUUUUAAACUAGACACUGUUUUUGUAAGUAUGCAGAACUUGAAUAUUUUGGCCUGUUUAUUUUCUUGUAUUGACAGUUUAAGAAUACAUGUAUUUCUAUUCUUUUUCAUUAUUCAUUUCGUGUAGAAACUGAACAGAAUAUAAUUUGAUUGGUCCUAGACUGUCAAGUAGUUUUACCAUAGUAAAAAAAAAAACAACGAGAAAAUCUAUUACAAACAAAACAUUCAAAAUAUGUAUUUAGAAGUUGUAACAGUUCUUA